AUGCCCUCGUCGUUACGUGAAGAUGCUGCAGCAAGCUGCCUGCGUGAGAGUCCCGGUGUGUCCGGACCUAAGGUCGCUGAAAUCUGUUUUUUGGAAUCUUGUAUGUCGUCAUUCGAGGUAUUCCCUCUAUCCAUCGCUCUAGAUGAAGCAAUCCUUAAAAAUGGUGGCAAUUCACAAUUGGCUGCUAACUACUUGAUGGAUUCAGUUUUUGAUGGUUAUGCUGCUGGAUUGCUUUUCAUCUGGGGAGUGUUCUACUCAGCAAAGGAGACCUACGUAGAGAAUGAGCUUCGUUACAUACAUGGAACGAGUCCUGGAGACACGCUGUCUCCAACGGUGUGGCCAGAUUUGAAUAAAAAUGAAGCGUUUGGUCUCUGA